AUGAAACACUCUGCACUUACACGUAUAGACGAGAUGAAACACUCUGCACUUACAUGUAUAGAUGAGAUGAAACACUCUGCACUUACACGUAUAGACAAGCUGAAACACUCUGCACUUACACGUAUAGACGAGAUGAAACACUCUGCACUUACACGUAUAGAUGAGAUGAAACACUCUGCACGUCAACGUAUAGACGAGAUGGAACACUCUGCACUUACACGUAUAGACGAGAUGAAACACUCUGCACUUACACGUAUAGACGAGAUGAAACACUCUGCACUUGCACGUAUAAACGAGAUGAAACACUCUGCACUUACACGUAUAGACAAGAUGAAACACUCUGCACUUACACGUAUAGACGAGAUGGAACACUCUGCACUUACACGUAUAGACGAGAUGAAACACUCUGUACUUACACGUAUAGACGAGAUGAAACACUCUGCACUUACACGUAUAGACGAGAUGGAACACUCUGCACUUACACGUAUAGACGAGAUGAAACACUCUGCACUUACACGUAUAGACGAGAUGAAACACUCUGCACUUACGCGUAUAGACGAGAUGAAACACUCUGCACUUAUACGUAUAGACGAGAUGAAACACUCUGCACUUACACGUAUAGACGAGAUGAAACACUCUGCACUUACACGUAUAGACGAGAUGAAACACUCUGCACUUACACGUAUAGACGAGAUGAAACACUCUGCACUUACACGUAUAGACGAGAUGAAACACUCUGCACGUACACGUAUAGACGAGAUGAAACACUCUGCACUUGCACGUAUAAACGAGAUGAAACACUCUGCACUUACACGUAUAGACAAGAUGAAACACUCUGCACUUACACGUAUAGACGAGAUGGAACACUCUGCACUUACACGUAUAGACGAGAUGAAACACUCUGUACUUACACGUAUAGACGAGAUGAAACACUCUGCACUUACACGUAUAGACGAGAUGAAACACUCUGCACUUACACGUAUAGACGAGAUGAAACACUCUGCACUUACACGUAUAGACGAGAUGGAACACUCUGCACUUACACGUAUAGACGAGAUGAAACAUUCUGCACUUACACGUAUAGACGAGAUGAAACACUCUGCACUUACGCGUAUAGACGAGAUGAAACACUCUGCACUUAUACGUAUAGACGAGAUGAAACACUCUGCACUUACACGUAUAAACGAGAUGAAACACUCUGCACUUACACGUAUAGACGAGAUGAAACACUCUGCACUUACACGUAUAGACGAGAUGAAACACUCUGCACUUACACGUAUAGACGAGAUGAAACACUCUGCACGUACACGUAUAGACGAGAUGAAACACUCUGCAAUUACACGUAUAGACGAGAUGAAACACUCUGCACUUACACGUAUAGACGAGAUGAAACACUCUGCACUUACACGUAUAGACGAGAUGAAACACUCUGCACGUACACGUAUAGACGAGAUGAAACACUCUGCACGUACACGUAUAGACGAGAUGAAACACUCUGCACUUACACGUAUAGACGAGAUGAAACACUCUGCACUUACACGUAUAGACGAGAUGAAACACUCUGCACUUACACGUAUAGACGAGAUGAAACACUCUGCACUUUAUACGUAUAGAUGA